AGCUAUAGACAUCCCACCUGGGGAAUCGUCACUCACUGGGUAUAUAUAUCACCUGAGCAUCUUCCUACAGGAUCACUCAUCUCUUAUCUUUGUAGAGCUGUUAUCUCUGAUCAUUACAAAUUCCAUAAUGAAGUCCUCUCCUGUUAAUGUGAAGAAGAUGGUGGCUAUGAGCAAGAACACACCUCAAAGGACCAUGGGAAGAAACGUGAGGGCAAAAUACUCAAGCUAUAUCUACAGGGUAUUAAAACAGAGCAGUCCGGAGCAGAUCAUCCAUAUCUCAAAGGACAUAAUGGGUUCCAUAGCUUCUGAAGCUGCUAGACUUUGCCUGUACAACAAGAGAAGGACCAUCACAAAGCGAGAGGUUGAGAGCGCCAUGAAGCACAUCUUGGCUGGAGGGCAUCCUAAUUCUGCUGUUCAUGCUCCUGCAAGUCAAUGAAGAGAAUGUUUGUUUAUUUUUGUCUUAAUUUUGCUUUUUAAAUAUUGUGUAUAAUAAAACAUUUUAAA